GGUUAUGGGAUUCUGGGAGGAGGGUAUUGGGGCAGUAUGUGGAUGAUGGGGGAUGUAGAAGGGCAGAUCAUCACCCCGGACAGCAGCUUUGUCAGUUCAUUACGUAGAACAAUGAUGGCUGGGGUGGUUAGGGGAUUCUGGCAGGAGGGUAUCGGGGGUAGAAUCCGUUCUAUAGCGCCACCCUCUCUGAUUACAAGGACAGCAGGGUUAUAGCUGUGUAGAGAAGGGGUUAAUGUUGGCUCGGGGCGGGGUUACAGCGGAGAUACAUUGUGAUACAUUGUUACAAUUCUCUGAUUCCAUGUAAGGGUCACGUGACGGCCGCUUCCCCGGAGGAGCUCGCGCUCUCAUCCCUUUGCGGGACCGGCUGCUGUAACCAUGGCUCCAGUCAUGUGGUCGGUGCCCGGUAGAUGGAUUAGUCGCCCUCCGGUAAGGGUGUAGUCAGCCCCGGGUGUGUCCCCGGAAGUCGGCUCCUCCCAUCAUGGCGGCGGAGUCGGACGGUACCCGGGUGGCUCCCCGGUGUCCCCGCUACGCUCUCCGGGACGGCCUGUGGGUGGUGGCCGCGCUGCUCGUCUUCUUCUCGGAUGGAGCGUCGGACCUGUGGCUGGCGGCGGAUUACCUGCAGCGGCACCGGCUCAGCUGCUUCUGGCCCACGGUGCUGCUGGUGCUGCUGCCCUCCCUGCUCACCCAGAGCCUGAGCUUCAGCUGGGCGGUCACCGACCGGGGCUCCUCACCGGGCACCACCCGCCCCUGCUGCCGCCUCUGCGCCUGGUUCCUGCAGGGCUCCAUCCACCUGCUGCAGCUCGGACAGGUGUGGAGAUACCUGCGAGCACUAUAUUUAGGCCUGCAAAGCCGCUGGCACUCAGAGCAGCAGAGUCGCCAUUUUUACUGGCGCAUGAUGUUUGAGAGCGCAGAUAUCAGUAUGCUCCGCCUGCUAGAGACAUUUCUAAAGAGUGCUCCCCAGCUGGUGCUGCAGCUCUGCAUCAUGGUGCAGCAAGGACAUGUGGAGCCUUUGCAGGGUCUUUCUGCCACUGCUUCCCUCCUGUCUCUCGCCUGGAUGAUUGCCUCCUACCAAAAGGUUCUGCGGGAUUCCCGUGAUGAUAAGAUGCCCAUGUCCUACAAGGGGGCGGUUGUGCAGAUACUGUGGCAUCUCUUCACCAUUGCUGCCCGAGCCUUGGCGUUCUCCCUCUUUGCCUCUGUCUUCCAUUUGUACUUUGGUAUUUUCAUUGUCACUCACUGGUGUCUCAUGACUUUUUGGAUUAUUCAAGGAGAGACUGACUUUUGCAUGUCCCGCUGGGAGGAGAUCAUCUACAAUAUGGUGCUGGGGAUCAUCUACAUUUUCUGCUGGUUCAAUGUUCGUGAGGGUCGGACCCGCUGUAGAAUGACCACCUACUACAUUAUCUUGCUGUCGGAGAACGCAGUCCUUACGGCUCUGUGGUAUUAUUAUCGGCCAGAGCAUAUGCUCAGUGACUUCUACGCUCUUCUUAUUGUUUGCUCUGUCCUCUGCAGCUUUGCUCUUGGAGUCUUCUUCAUGCUCAUAUACUACAGUCUUCUUCAUCCCAAUGGUCCAAUGUUUGGCCCCUCAAGCAGUAGUUGUGUCUUCAUGGAGGUCCCUGAGACUUCUAGGGUUCAUGAAUUGGAAUGUACUGAGAGCCUUCCUCGUACUCUACCACGGACUACAGAGCAAGACAGAGACUUUGUGUCGGGUGACAGGGACAGUUGCGUUCCCAUUUUCCAAGUCCGGUCUAGUGUUCCCCAAACCCCUGUGACACGUGUUCCGCGGGCACAGGGACCUGUCAUACGUAUAGAUCUUCCACGCAAGAAAUAUCCAGCCUGGGAUGCCCAUUUUAUAGACCGCCGCUUGCGAAAGACUAUUUUGGCCCUGGAAUAUACUUCCCCAGCCACACCCCGUGUCCAAUACCGAACUGUAGGGACCUCACAGGAAGUUACUGAGUAUGAAACCACUGUGUGACCUCCUUUUCAAAAAGUAGGGUUAAGGAGAGACUGGGAGAUCACUUGAUGGUGUGGGCUUCUUCAGAGUCUUGCAGGGCGAGGAGAAUAGAAACAAUGGAAUUGGUACAGUGGCAGGAAAGAUGGCCUGGAAAGGAGACCAAUGGCGGCUCAGGUUGAUGUUCUUCAAUACUGUAGGCCACACUGUGAGAUGAUGAUGCCACAUUGAGGGUCUAGAGGCACGAAGUGAGCAGAAGACCCUCUCAGGUGUAUGUUGUAAGAAGAAAAUCUCAGGAGCAGAGAUAGGCAACUAAAGGUUCUCCAGCUGUUUUGUUCAGGUCAGACCUUGCCAUUCAACAAUGUCUUAAGGACCAUGUGUUGACUGGCAAGACCUUCUGGGGCUUUAAAGCCAACAGCAGGUGCCAUAUCACUGGUUUCCUAAUUUGCUGCUAGGUCUGGUGUGUAUGGCUGAGAUAUAAGAGAGAGAAAAAGGGAAAAGUAGCUGUCCCCUGGGAGGAUGCUUUUCAGGGAAGAUGGGUGGCAAUAGGACCAGGCAGAUAGUUAAGGAAGACUUGAGUCGAUAGGGAAUGAUCUCAGUCUUGUAAAAGGAGACCAGCCUGGCCAAGUGUGAUAGGUGCUACUACCGUGAUGGGUGUCUUUGCCAGUAAUGCCUACAAUGAGCACAUGACUGCCUGUAUUGUGUAAAAUGAUGGUGGCGUAUAUGGUGGUGUUUAUGUAAUAGUGUAUAAGCCUAUGUAUACCAAGCAGGGCUUCCAGAUUCUUCCACCUGGAGAGCCUUACCUAAUACGGCUGCAAAGCAUAGGGCUAGAUGUAAUGGGGAAUACUCCACUAUCAGCCUGUAAACGCAGUGUCUGCAAGUUAUGGUUGCAAAACUACAGCUCCCAUUAUGCGGAUGUCAGUUGUGGUUUCACUUCAGAUGGAGUGUGUUCUAUAAACAGCAAUGCAGAUAGAGCACCACGUAUCCCACCCAGUCCCCAAUUUAUUCACGUCCCCACAGACUGCACUUGGAAUAGAGGUAUAGCAUGCUGUAGAGUAGUGUUGUAUGGUGGCACAUCACAGAGCAGUAUAUGGGGUCACUAUAAGGGAAAUACUAGUCUCAGUACGACCUGGCACCACAGUGUAAUUGUAUUUCACAGGCAGCUAUUUUUUUUGUGUUUAAGCAGAAGUAAAGUGUGUUACUAUUUCAUAUACGUUUCACUGACAAAGGGGUUUAGGGACUGUAUCUAGAAAAUAAGGCUGAACUUUUCUGCUUCAUAUUACAUGUUACUCCAGUGGCAGCGGUGUAGCUAGGGGUGUAGAGGCAGCAGUUGCAACAAUUCCCGGGAAAUUGAGGGGCCAAGAGGCCUUUGCCACAUAACAUACCAAGUAUCACAAUGGUGCACGAUAGGUGGAGGCCCUGAUACAAAAGCUGCACAUUAUAACUCUGCAAAGUGCCAUGAGUGUUACUGACUGAUGACUCCCAGAGCAUAAAUACAGCUGAAAUCCAAUGGAGCGGUGCUCAUCUACAAAACGCUCACACUUGUGCAUCUUUUAAAAUGACGGAAAUUGUAUAAGAUAUGGCUGUACUUUAUAAAUGUACGACUCCCUGUCUUCAUUGGUUUUACAAGUCACACAAUGUCACAUUGCUUAGCCCAUACUAGUCAUGAGUUACAACCUGCAUUAUUCUCCAGAGCGUCACACACUGUUCUGCUGAUGUAAAUACAUCACUGUGUCACUGUGUAAAUACAUUACAUUACUCAUCCUGUACUGAUCCAGACUUAUAUAUUUUAUAAUACUCCAGUGCUGCACUCACUAUUCUGCUGGUGGGGUCACUGUGUACAUACAUUACUUAUCCUGUACUGAUCCUGAGUUAUAUCCUGUAUUAUACUCCAGAGCUGUACUCACUAUUCUGCUGGUGAGGUCACUGUGUACAUACAUUACAUUACUUAUCCUGUACUGAUCCUGAGUUAUAUCCUGUAUUAUACUCCAGAGCUGUACUCACUAUUCUGCUGGUGAGGUCACUGUGUACAUACAUUACAUUACUUAUCCUGUACUGAUCCUGAGUUAUAUCCUGUAUUAUACUCCAGAGCUGCACUCACUAUUCUGCUGGUGGAGUCACUGUGUACAUAUAAUACAUUACUUAUCCUGUACUGAUCCUGAGUUAUAUCCUGUAUUAUACUCCAGCGCUGUACUCACUAUUCUGCUGGUGGGGUCACUGUGUACAUACAUUACAUUACUUAUCCUGUACUGAUCCUGAGUUAUAUCCUGUAUUAUACUCCAGAGCUGUACUCACUAUUCUGCUGGUGAGGUCACUGUGUACAUACAUUACAUUACUUAUCCUGUACUGAUCCUGAGUUAUAUCCUGUAUUAUACUGCAGAGCUGCACUCACUAUUCUGCUGGUGGAGUCACUGUGUACAUACAUUACAUUACUUAUCCUAUACUGAUCCUGAGUUAUAUCCUGUAUUAUACUCCAGUGCUGCACUCACUAUUCUGCUGGUGGAGUCACUGUGUAAAUACAUUACAUUACUUUAUCCUGUACUGAUCCAGACUUAUAUCUUUUAUAAUACUCCAGUGCUGCACUCACUAUUCUGCUGGUGGGGUCACUGUGUACAUACAUUACAUUACUUAUCCUUUAAUGAUCCUGAGUUAUAUCCUGUAUUAUACCCCAGAGCUGCACUCACUAUUCUGCUGGUGGAAUCACUGUGUACAUACAUUACAUUACUUAUCCUGUACUGAUCCUGAGUUAUAUCCUGUAUUAUACUCCAGAGCUGUACUCACUAUUCUGCUGGUGGAGUCACUGUGUACAUACAUUACUUAUCCUGUACUGAUCCUGAGUUAUAUCCUGUAUUAUACCCCAGAGCUGUACUCACUAUUCUGCUGGUGAGGUCACUGUGUACAUACAUUACAUUACUUAUCCUUUUACUGAUCCUGAGUUAUAUCCUGUAUUAUACUCCAGAGCUGCACUCACUAUUCUGCUGGUGGGGUCACUAUGUACAUACAUUACAUUACUUAUCCUCUACUGACCCUGAGUUAUAUUCUGUAUUCUACUCCAGAGCUGUACUCACUAUUCUGCUGGUGGAGUCACUGUGUACAUACAUUACAUUACUUAUCCUUUACUCACCCUGAGUUACAUCCUGUAUUAUACCCAGAGCUGUACUCACUAUUCUGCUGGUGAGGUCACUGUGUACAUCCAUUACAUUAUUUAAAAAUAAAAAAAAAUGUUUUCAAGUUAGCUGGUGCCAUAAAGUUAUACAGAUCUGUAUACAGAUUUACUUCUAUAAAGGAAUCUUAAUCCUUCCAGAACUUAUCAGCUGCAGAUGAAGUUGUAUAGUCUGACUGCAGUGGUCUCUUCUGCCACCUCUGUCCAUGUCAGGAACUGUUCAGAGCAGGAAAGGUUUGUUAUAGGGAUCUGCUCUUGCUUUGGACAGUUUCUGAAGCGGACAGAGGUGGCAGCAGAGAGCAAUGUGGUCAGACAGAAAAGAACUACAUAACUUCCUCUGGAGCAUACAGCAGCUGAUAAGUACUGAACGGUUUAAAGGGGCACUGUCAGAUACAAAAACUUUUGAGAUGUUGUAAAGCAUGCAACACCAAUAGGUUUUGCAAUUGCUUUCAUUAGAAUAUUUUCAGUAUUUCAUACUGAGAAAGCCAGUCAGACAACUGCCCCCCCCCCCCUGCCUGCUUGGACACAUACUAGUCCUGCUGUGUCUAUGCAUCAUCACCUAUGUCAUGGACACACUUCCUUGAUUGACAGCUGUAAGUGCAGGGCUCACACCUGGAGGAAAAAUCCUCCCAUUGUGUCCCGCUACUGUCAGUGAGGACAAGCUGGGAGUUGUAGUUUUGCUAAUGCUAGGGGAGAUGUGAGCAGACAGCAUACUGAGGGAGGGGGCGGAGACCUGCACAGUGAGGCCACGCCUCCUCCCUUUGAGAGGAAUUCAGACUAGUGAGCUAAAUUAAAAGUGUAAUAAAAAAUAAAUAAAGGUGAUAGACACAAAAAUUAGAUGUACAUGGUCAGGAUUAGGUACUGAGUGAUAUAUUAAAAAAAAUGUUUUUUGUUGGAUCUGACGGGUACGCUUUAAGCUUGUGGAAAGACACAUUUUUAGGCUAGGUUCACACCACAGAAUUUCCUAUUGGAAUUCCGCUUGGGAUUUCAGCUGGAAACUCCAGUGCAGCAGAAUCCCUUUGCUAGCAAUAGAAGUCUGAUGAACAGUGCACACUAUGGAAUCUCAGCGGCAGACGUUCCACCGCCUAAAGAAUGAACUUGUUUAUUUAUUUCAGGCGAAAUUCGCUUUGCAGACAUCUAUGGGGACAGCAACGUCCACACGGUCCUAGUGUCGACGGAUACAAUCGGCACUGGCCACACUAAAAAUCUCUGACUGGAUUUUGUGCAGAUUGAUUCUCCGAAGUGUGAACCUUGCCUUAGUGGCUUCAAUCAGCAAGUGAAAUAAAAGAGAAAGUCUUUCCUUCUCAGAUGUCUGUGCAUUGUCAGCUGUAAAGGCAAUUUUCUGCAGAAACAGAUCAGGUGAGCUAGCAGGGAGUUUAUAGACAGUUCACGAUUGUGAGUACAGCUCUGGAGUAUAAUACAGGAUAUAACUCAGGAUCAGUACAGGAUAAGUAAUGUAAUGUAUGUACACAGUGACUCCACCAACAGAAUAGUGAGUGCAGCUCUGGAGUAUAAUACAGGAUAUAACUCAGGAUCAGUACAGGAUAAGUAAUGUAAUGUAUGUACACAGUGACUCCACCAGCAGAAUAGUGAGUGCAGCUCUGGAGUAUAAUACAGGAUAUAACUCAGGAUCAUUACAGGAUAAGUAAUGUAAUGUAUGUAAACAGGAGAGUUGGGCGGUAUGACCAAAAAUGUGAAUGAAGAAAAUGUCCAGUGCAGGUAGAUCAGACAAAUUCUUUAUUAUAUCUUGCUUCAGCACAUGGAAAACAUACAAAGUGACGCGUUUCGGCCCGAACAUUGAGCCUUAGUCAUGAUUCAAAUGUGUAGCACGGUAUUUUUGUAAAUUAUGGCGGUUCCACAGUAUUUAACGGUAUUCCCUCCCCCUAUCAUGUGACCCGUGGGUGCUGCUUCUCCCCCCCAGUUUAUCAGCCCAGCACUGCGCUGUCCUGCGCUAAUCAUAUGUGACCCGCGAGGGCUGCAAAAAUAAACAAAAUAAACUUUAACUCACCUUCCUACGUUCCCCUGUUGCUCCGGUACCGGCCUCACGGUCCAGUGAUGCAAGCCUCAAGCUGCUUCCUGGGGAUUGGAAUGUCACAGAGCCGUCAGCCUAUCACCGGCCAGCCGGCUCCUUACAUGACAAUGCUCUCAGCCUAUCACAGACCGAGGCGGGACAUCGCUGCGGCCGGUGAUACUGUGGCGUUCCCAUCCCCAGGAAGCAGCAAGAGCAGCGGAGGGACCAUAAAGCUGGUUCCAGGGGAAUGUAAGAAGGGGAGUUAAAGUCUGUUUUGUUUAUUUUUGCAGCGCUCGCGGGUCACAUAUGAUUAGUUCUCCAAUGUGGGGGACAGCGCAGCGCUGGGCUUAUAAACCGGGGGGUGGGGAGAAACUGGGCUGAUAAACGGGGGGAGCAGAACAGUGCUGCGGCUGAGGAUUAAUUCAUUCAUUCAUUCGAGGGGGGAGGAGGGGCCCAACCGGUAUUGCGGUAUGGGAAAAAUUCAUAUCGUGCAGGAAAAAUUUUUGGGUAUUCGGUAUGAACCGGUAUACUGCCCAGCACUAGUACACAGUGACCUCACCAGCAGAAUAGUGAGUGCAGCUCUGGAGUAUAAUUCAGGAUAUAACUCAGGAUCAGUACAGGAUAAGUAAUGUAAUGUAUGUACACAGUGACCUCACCAGCAGAAUAGUGAGUGCAGCUCUGGAGUAUAAUUCAGGAUAUAACUUAGGAUCAGUACAGGAUAAGUAAUGUAAUGUAUGUACACAGUGACUCCACUAGCAGAAUAGUGAGGAGCUCUGGAGUAUAAUACCGGAUAUAGCCAUAUAAAAACUGUAAAAUGGUGUUUAAAAGUUGAACAUACGCUUUCAUUUAUUCCAGCUUGCAGGCUGUAUAGCCAAAAACAUCUUGACAGCCGCAUGUUCUUUCAUGUGCAUGAUUCAUAGUUGUUUUCCUUUUAUAAAGACAAGACAGAUUAUUGCAGAUGGGAAGAAAAUGUGGAACCAAAAUGUUUGGCGGCAGGAGGAGUCAGCGGCCAUGGCUGUCUCUGUUAUAGUAACCUCCUCCUUUACAAGGCUGAAUUGUAUUCUCAGUAACUGGAUGUAACUUUGCCAAUCAUCUUGGAGGACCAGCUCCCAUUCAGCAGCAUUGUCUUAUGCCAUAUGAUGGUGGUGGCAGCCAUUUUGUUGUAGCCCUUUUUGAAAUAAAAUGCUUAAUUGUCCUGUAUAUACCUGUCAGUACUGGUAUAAUUUGGUAUCUUUGGGUGGUGGCAUCUCUAGUGCUGAUAUAGUGUGGUGGCAUCUGCAGUGCUGUGUAAUGUGCCGUUGUUCUGCCCAUAACUGGACCACAUGUGAUUGUGCUGCACGGACUAGCCUCUUAUGUACAAUAUCUAUCUGUGAGCCUACCAAGCCUGUACAGUGGGCUGUUCAUCAUCGAUGUAAAUCACUUCAGCCUAGCUUUUUAUACUUUAGGAACAGUUGGGGGGGGGGGGGGGGGGGGGAGUUAGUAUCUUUAGUAUCUUUUUAAAGAACCUAUAUACUAUUUAUAUGAGAAAUCUGAUGGUUUAAUGCAACAUUUUUUCAAAGUGAUGCUCUGCAGGGAAGGUCUGAGCUUUGUGUAUUGGUAGGACAGCAAUAAGGAAAAGCAAUAUCCAAGUGGGCAAAAAACCCUCAGAAGGGGAGUGGUUGCCGAUCAUCAUAGGGCUAUAAAUAAAGGGUCAUGGCCAAAGAUGCAUUUAAUGGGUGACUGACCCUAGAACCCUCCUACCCAAAAACAUAUUAGAUUCCAUUGAUCAGAUCCCAUUGCAUAUGAAAGGGUUGUUGGAUACCUCCAAACAUUUACUUACAAUAGUGGCCGAGUCUGCCUGAUUAUGGUCCGCAUUUUGGCAUAUAUGAAUAUUGUGGGAGGGAUCAUCUCAAAAAUACUUUUACCAUUCACCGUUUGCAACACGACCUCAAACUUUCCAGUGAUGUCUUUGUAGUCACAUCAGCAUCUAACGUGGCUUUCAGGUUUCCAUGAUGGAGCCUUAAUUCUUGUCAUCCAGUCUAUGGGGAUAUAGUUUGGUUUCCAGGUCCUCCAUGAUUUCUCUAGAUCAGUGAUCUCCAACCUUUAGCUCUCCAGCUUUUGCUACAGCAAACAUGCCCAGUUGUAGUUGGGCAACAGCUGGCUAGCCUCAGGUUAAGACCCAUUUCUUACGUAUUUUUUCCUUUUUUGAAGGUUACAGUCCUACAUGAGACAUCCCAAUCGUAUAUAUCCAACAUGUAAUCAUCAAUCAGCGGGCCACCAUGUUGUUUGGGCCAAGACAGUAUCUCCAAAUGUGCCAAUAUGGAGUGAUGCUGUACAGAACUCCUUACCUUUCGGUUAAUGUACUGUUGCCACCUCAGUAGCUGUAUGACCCCCAUCCUUACCUGCGGGUUGCCAGUCCACAACUGUUAACCAGCCUCGUGUUCCAUGGGUUCUUCAAUAAGUUUCCUGGUUGUGGAAUUGUACAUCCAACGUUACUUUUCCUCAGAGCAAUAACCAUUGCACAUGCUGCCUACUACAACCACAACUAAAGACAUUGACUGUUGAUCUUCCAAGCUAUGGGAACCUCCAGAUCAUGCCUCUCCAUCUUAUCCUAUAUGUAGUGAUCGACACUUGGACAGUCAAGAUCUUGGUGUUUUCCCUUACAGUAAAGGGCUUGUCCCAGAUUACAGAUUAUCUCUUCAGAAAUAGUGUCAGACCUGUCCAUUGGUUGUGUCUGGUAUUGCAACUCAACUUUGCCGCAGUGAAUAGAACUGAGCUGCAGUACCACACUUAACCCGUGGACAGAUGUCGCACUGUUUUUAUAAUUUCAGCAUUACAGACCAUGAGAUUAGGUCUCAUGAAUCCUUUUAAAACUUUUGUUGGGUUCACCCACCCCCAUAUUUGACCCCUUGAGGUCAUUGUAAAAGUUAUGAAGGUGGGGCUCAUUGCAUCUUACUAGUAAGGAUCUCCAAAGGGAGCACUGUUCCCAUAGAUGUGCCAAGCUUUGGUAGGAAAUCUGGAUAUGCAGUCUGAACCCUACAUGUUAGUUUUUGUAUAUGAGUAGUCUCCCAAUCGCUGGCAGCCAAUGUAAUGUGGGACGCUCCCCAUAUCAUGGCCAAUAAAAUGUCUGUAUACAUUCCUGUGAAUCAUAUAUAUGUAUAAAUGAUGAGUUCUGAUGGCAUUUGUUAUAAUAAGAUAUCAUGUGUGUGUUUAAAAAGGGAACUACAGGAAAUAGUAGCGGAUGUCUAGAGUCUCCUAAAAUUUAAAUGACAUGAAUAAAAGUAAGCUGGCUGCAGUUUUGUGCCUUUGUCAUGGAAUCUAUUUGUGACUAUUAAUAACCUCAAAGGACAGUUCCAGUCAGUAUUGGUAUUAACAAGAUUUUAUAUUCGCUUUACUCUGAAAGGACCUUUGUCCUCGACUUUGUCCUCGAAUAU